UCUAGAACGUGAUGUCUCACAACUCUUAAUUAAUUCAAUUAAUUGUAUUAACUGUAUCUGAUGCUGAUUUUUACACACGUGAUGUUUCUGAGCGACAUGUGACAAGUUGAAAUUUGUAAAUAUGGCGGAGUUCCAUAGUAAAAUAUAACUUACGGAUUAGGAUUAAAAGAUAAUUGCGACACACCUGAGAUUCCAAAUGAUGCAUGGGGAUGGGAAAGAAAGGGAGUAAACUUGCAGCUGAUGAUUUAAAGGAAUUGUUAGAAUGCACAUAUUUUGACAAGAAAGAGUUGCAGCAAUGGUAUAGAGAUUUUAUGAAAGAUUGUCCAAGUGGUGUGCUGCAAAAAGAGGAAUUUCAGACAAUUUACAAGCAGUUCUUUCCAAAUGGGGAUCCUAGCAAAUUUGCAAACUUUGUUUUCAAUGUUUUUGAUGCAAAUAAGGAUGGUUAUAUAUCAUUCAGAGAAUUUAUUACUGCUUUGUCCAUAACAUCCAGGGGUUCACUAGAGGAGAAACUUGACUGGGCUUUCAGUUUGUAUGACCUUGACAAUGAUGGUUAUAUUACCAAGGAAGAGAUGGUCAACAUAGUUGAUGCUAUUUAUAGUAUGGUUGGUAAUUUGAUAGAUCUUCCAGAAGAGGAAGACACACCACUGAAACGUGUUGAGAAGAUUUUUGCUCAGAUGGAUGUGAAUAAAGAUGGUAGACUAACUAAAGAUGAGUUUAGAGAAGGUUCCAAAUCUGACCCUUGGAUAGUGGAAGCUUUGUCAGCUCCUCACAGAUAACAGAGAGUAUCUGCUUAGUGUUAUUAUGCUCACUUUUCAGAGCAUUAGCUUGAAUUUUCUUCAGACAUAAGAUUUUUUGCAGACAUUCAAUGCAGCACAUUAAGAAUUGAUGUUCCUUUCUGGAAGCUCGCUGACAAAGACAUGAGAAUUAAGAUGAACAGAAUUGUUUUUUGGUUAUUUUUAUGCUUAUAAAACUGCUGUAUCACUAGUGAUAUAAGAUGGAGAAUAUUAUGUGUGAUCAAAGUAAAGUUUGAUGGAUCUUUUUGCUAUUGUAAUAUUGGCUUCCAGUCUAGUAUAUUAUACAGCUAUGUUAUAUGAAGAAAAAUAUGGUUAUGCCAAAUUUCUUGGGUCUAGCAUACAUUAAAUAAUGUGGAUCUUCUCAUGCUCUUAUGCAUGCAUA